AUGGAACUUGAUGAUUAUACUCCUGCAUCUUCCGGGUGGAAACAUUGCAUUCAAAGCCAUGAUCGAAGCAUGAGACCCGUCAGUAUAUGCUGCCCAGGUGUCUUUGCCGGCGUUCAGACUGGAGCAGAAAUUUACUUUCUCGCCAUUGCCACAAGAAGUGUUUUCCUGGCUGCAGUGGAGGAGGAGGAGGAGGAGGAGGAGGAGGAGGAGGAGGUUGAUAGUGACGAUACUGGCUGUUAUGCUGGUACCCUCUGGGAUCAAACUGUGGUUGGGGAGGUAUCCUAUACGAUCCCCACGGUCCAUGGCUAUUACCAUUGCCGUUUCCAUAUUGUGGAUUAUGAUAUCUGUAAUCCUGCACUCCUGGGCCCUGAUAUCCCGAGUUCUGGUGUCCUUGACUCUGCAAGUAGUCUGGCAUUUCGAACCCAUGGCCGACUGGAGUUUCUCCUCUGGAAGCACCGUAUCCAUCACCACCAAGAUGAUGAGGCUGUGACCGCCUGCCGUGCGGGUUGUACCGGUCUCUACCGCUGUUUGCUCUUCUUUCUCGGGCCCUAG